AUGCGAUGUUUGCACACGACGAUACAAGCCCGCAUCGUAUUCUUGAAGUUAGGCGAGAUCGAUACUCUACACGAUCGAUUCAACGCCAAUGUCUUCAUUCAGGCCAAAUGGCGGGAACCAGCUCUAGAUCAUACAUACUACAAGGAAUUCGACAAAAUAGAUUGGUCUAAGUAUUGGUCGCCAAAGUUGUUCGUUGAGAAUGUCUUCGGAGACCCCAGAGAGAACAUCGAGUACAGUAUCUCUUAUGAUUCUAAAGGCAAGGCAACAGUGUACGAGAAGCGGCGUGUGUUAUCACAUUUUCAGGAGUUCAUGGAACUUAACAAGUUUCCUUUUGAUACACAGGACUUAACGGUGACGCUGACUUCCGAGAGGAACGAAGCGGAAGUCGAAUUGAUCGAGGACGUGUCGGAGAGAUGUGCGUUGAAUCCGCAAUCGUUCGUCGACGAGCAGGAGUGGAAGCUCCACAAAAUUGUCGUCACGUGGCGUCGAACUCGGACAGACGACAACAAAUCACCGAAGACUAACCAUUCCGCCUUUUCUGCCGCCUGCAAAGCCAGCAGAAGACCGGAGUUUUUUAUUUGGAACAUUCUCGUUGUUAUGUUUCUCAUCUGCAGUUUAUCAUUCGCCACGUUCGCUGUCGACUUGAACCUUCCACAGAACCGUCUGCAACUCUCCUUCAUUCUCCUCCUCACCACUGUCUCGUUCAAGUUCGUCGUCAACCAGAGCCUGCCAAUGAUUGCGUACCUCACUUAUCUGGACAAAUAUAUUCUGGGUUCCAUGGCCAUUUUGUGCUGCAUCUGUGUGUGGCACGCAGUCGUGCCACUCUUCAACAACAGCCCGUCCUGCUGCAGCGAACAUUCGAAGUAUGCGGACACUGUGGCUCUCAUCAUCCUCUCCAUCAUCUACAUCGUAUUUCACGCGUUCUUUAUCUUCAUCAUUGCUUGCGUUACGUCGAAAACACGAAAUUACGACAGAGGGAAUGAAAUCUUUCCUGAAUUUCUCUGUGGAAAUGAUUCAACAACAGAGCCAGUAGUAACUCCAUCUCAAACAGCAAACGUAGCAAACGUGGACCAUUUCACGAACAACACCAAGAACAACAACACCGUCAUUACCAACAACUCUAACAACAACAAAGUUCUCGGCAACGAUUUAUAAACACAUUUCAAAUGAUAAACUUCCAACAAUACUUCUACCAUUCGUCAUUCCAGUUGCAACUCUAUCUAACCAUAAAAAAAAUAUCCAUUUAUAUUCAUUCAUUCGUUCAUUAUAUUUUAAAGACAUUUAUAUUGCAGCCAGUAUAAACAUUUUGUUUGUUAAAAAAGAAACGCCCCAAUUAAGAAGAAAUGUUGACUUUGCUUCACCACCAAAUAUAGUAUUUUUAUUGAAAAAAAACUAAAUGCCUGUACAUUUAUUCUUUUAUUAAAUCUGUAAAUUAAAUUUGAACUUAUCGUUCUGUUCUUGUUGCAAUGCAAAUGUUCAUCGAUGCCACACUGUUUAAAUAUUUCAAAUUGACAUUUCUUCAGCUUUUUAUACGUAUAAAUUAAAAUUAAUUAAAAAUAAAAUACUAGUGUUAAUAAAUUUCUUUCAAAAUUG